AUGGAUCGUAUUCGUUGGAGCGAAAAACUAAUUCCAUUUCGAAGUCUUGUAAAUAAUCCAGCUAUAACAAAGCCUGUACUUGUCCAAAUUGGUAGCAAAGCUAUUGUGGUUGGAGAAAAAAUCAAUGGAGAAUUUCUUAUGGCAUCACCUUCUAAAGUAUCUGGUGAUCGAUUUGAUGUUAUGGAACAAGAAAUUGUUUUAUCAAGCAAACAUACCGGUUUUUUUUUCUGUACAUAUAAAAAGACAUUAUCGAAUAGCUUGAUUUUAGGUGUCUGGAGAGUUAUAUCAAAAGCAACAUCCAGCAAAGAAGGUCAUGUUCAUCGUUUAACUACGAAGGACCUUGAAAGAAUUCACAAACAAGAUAUUCUUAAUGAGCGUGCCACUCCUCGUUCAUAUAUCUGCAUACGAGAUGUUGAAGCAUUUGAAUUGAUGAUUCAUAGUAACGAUGAAUCAGUUUUUAAUGGCCAUCGAGUUGAUCGACGUAUGAAACUAAUUGAAGAGAAUGUUGAAUUUGAAAUAUAUGAUACCAGUGAAGUUGAAUAUACACCAUCCGAAGGUGAACGUACAUCACAAGAUUAUGUAAUAGCACCAAAAGCUAAACAAGCAACACUUUUACAACUUCUUUUACCCGGUGUUGUGGCACAAGAACAACUCAUACGUAAUCGUGUUGUACGUGCAAUUCAUUGUAAAACAAAAGGUGAAACACGAAAACGUCAUUUUCUUCUUGAAGUUAAUGAGCAACCCUGUGAAAUACGUCCAAUUGCAUCAGAUGGAUCAACUGAAUUACGUUAUCUUCAUUCAACACAAAAUCUAUAUGAUUAUAUGUCAAGUUAUGGAAAUGAUACAAUUCUUUAUGUUAAAUUACUACGAGGUGAUCCACCAAUGAAAGCAAUUGAAUUCGAUGGUUAUAUGGUUUUAAAAAGUACAUUAAAUGGUGAUAAAAUUCCAAUAUGUCGUGUUGAAGAUCUUGAAGUAACACUUGUUAGUGCAGAUCUUCCUGUUAAAGUUCGAUUACCAACAAGAAAUGAACAUAUCUGGCGUUCAUUAUCUGAAGUUCGUGCAGCUGAAAUUCAAUGUAUGCAAUUAUCACUUGCUUUACUUGCUCGGCAUGAAUCUGAAAUGUAUGUUACAACGGAAACACCAAGAAAUACUAAAAAGUAUUUAGAAUCAACUUAUAAUCAACAAUUAAGAACAACUAAUUCUCAUAAAUCAUCUAAUGCAAUUAAAAAGCAUAUUGAAGAAUGUGAAAAAGUUUUUGGAAAUAAUAAUAAUAAUAAUAAUAAUAAUAAUAUUACAAGACAAAGAUCGAACCCUAAAGAUGAUUUACGUGCAUAUCAAACAACCGAAAAACAAGUACACAAUUCUCAAAGACAUAAUUCUACUCAACAUAAUUCUACUCAACAGAAUUCUAUUCAACAUAAUUCUACUAAACAUAAUUCGACUCAUCAUAAUUCUACUCAUCAUCAUCAUCAUCAUCAACAUCAACAACAACCUUCAUCAAUACCUCACGAUGUAUUAGGUAAAACAAUGUCACAUGCAUCACAUGCUUCUUCUAAUAAACCCAGUCGAACCAUUGAUAGACGAUCAACAUUGAGGGAACAUACCGAACAAGAUGAAUCAUAUAAUCGUUUUCAUCGAACGACUAUUAGCAAAAAUCCAAAACCUUCUGCUUCUUCCUCUUCACAAAAUCAUAAAACGCAAAAACAAAUGUGA